GGGGCAGGGGGGUUCUUUUGGUUUAAUUAAUUGACUAUGUGUACUUGAGAGAGGUUACAAGUUCAGGGCCAACAUCACAAAACUUCUGCCCUCAGAUGUUGAACCUAAGCCAGUGACUUGCCGGUUGCUUAAUAGCAUCAAGUAUUGCCUUAAUGGCUCCGAGGAGCUCCGGAUGCGCUGCAGACAUGGCCAACCAGACCAACACCUCCGCCCCAUUCUACAGCUACGAAUAUUACCUGGACUACCUGGACCUCAUUCCCGUGGAUGAGAGGAAGCUGAAAGCCAACAAGCAUUCCAUCGUCAUCGUCUUCUGGGUGAGCCUGGCGGCCUUCGUGGUGCUUCUCUUCCUCAUCCUGCUCUACAUGUCCUGGUCGGGCUCCCCGCAGACGAGGGACAACACCCAGCACCACCCAACAUGUCCCUGGAGUCACAGCCUCAACCUCCCCUUCUGUGUCCGGAGGCACCCACUGCACCACAGGGACCCUCGGGGGACCCCGCAGGCUCCACCGAGCUCGGCUGAGGAACCAGGCAGCAGAGCAUCCGGCCGCGAUCAGCAGCCGCAGGGAGAGAGCCCCUCUGCCUUGUCCCCCACAGCCCCCCAGGCCCACUGUGCCCUCCUCUGGGAACUGACCCCUGAUGGGGACCCCCACCGCGUCAGCUGAUGUCAGGAAUGAGUUCAGCGAGCCUCCCCCUGGAGACUGAACCUCCGGACUGUAGAACCGACACCAGCAAACCACAGCCAUUGCCGAGGGAACCAGGGAACUCAGACCAACCUGGACACGCACAUGCGUUCAGAAAGCCCGUUCACACGUAGCAGGAAGCACACCCGGGUCAAGAGUGACUCUGCCAGGAGGCAGAUAACAUGCAUUUAUCCAAGGAUGGCAACGCCUAACCACCCAGCAUGGGAAAGUAGUCUCUGAUAUUGCUCAUUUUAUUUAGUGCACUUAAACCUGCUUAUUUACUGCUUAUGUUUGCUUUGGGAAGGACAGAAAAAUAAAUAUGUAUGAACUAAAUUUAAAAAA